GUUGUAGCCGUUGCACCUCUCUCUAAAACGCUCCCUCCCUCUCUCUCUAUCUCUCUCACUGUCUCACUUCCUCACCCUUUCUUUGUUUCUUCACCCUCACACCCCUCAGUGAGAAAAACAACCCUCACUUCCAAUGGGCUUUUAGAGAACAACCCACUUGUAAAUUUUCAAUCUUUUAAGUUGAAUUUCAACUGCAAUUGCUAGAUUAAGAUUACCCCCACCUGAAACCCUAGCCAGUUCUAGAUGACUCUCAUGUAAAUUUGUAAUUUUGUUGCUGAAUUUCAGCUUUGAUUGAUAGUUUAUUGCAUCUUCGCGGCCAAUUUUGGGGAGAAAAUGGCAGAACUUGAUCUAUCCAAGAAAGUAGCUGAUAGGUAUCUCAAGCGUGAGAUCCUUGGUGAAGGUACAUACGGUGUCGUUUACAAAGCCAUUGAUACCCAGACAGGGCAGACGGUUGCAAUUAAGAAAAUCCGGCUUGGCAAGCAGAAAGAAGGGGUCAAUUUUACUGCUCUCAGAGAAAUUAAACUUCUUAAAGAGCUCAAAGAUCCAAACAUUAUAGAGUUGAUCGAUGCCUUUCCGCAUAAAGGAAAUUUGCAUCUUGUGUUUGAAUUCAUGGAGACAGACCUCGAAGCUGUUAUACGAGAUCGGAACAUUGUUCUUUCACCCGGUGAUAUAAAAUCUUACCUUCAGAUGACGCUAAAAGGCCUUGCUGUUUGCCAUAAGAAAUGGGUGUUGCAUAGGGAUAUGAAGCCAAACAACUUGUUGAUAGGAUCUAACGGACAGCUGAAACUUGCAGAUUUUGGUUUAGCACGGGUAUUUGGAAGCCCAGAUCGCAGGUUCACUCAUCAGGUGUUUGCCCGGUGGUAUAGAGCACCUGAGCUAUUAUUUGGUACCAAGCAGUAUGGUCCAGGAGUAGAUGUUUGGGCUGCAGCUUGUAUAUUUGCUGAACUUCUUCUUCGUCGACCCUUCUUGCAGGGUUCAAGUGAUAUUGAUCAAUUAGGAAAGAUUUUCUCAGCAUUUGGGACUCCAUCUCCUUCUCAGUGGCCUGAUAUGAUAUACCUUCCUGAUUAUGUGGAAUACCAAUAUGUUCCUUCCCCAUCUUUGCGCUCUUUAUUUCCGAUGGCAAGUGAUGAUGCUUUAGAUUUGUUGUCAAAGAUGUUUACUUAUGACCCAAAAGUUAGAAUUUCAAUUCAGCAGGCAUUAGAGCACAGGUACUUCACUUCUGCACCUCUGCCCACAGAUCCUGAUAGACUUCCAAGACCUGCCCCUAAGAAAGAAUCUAAGGCUUCAGAUAUGAUUUCAAAUGAAGGUCCUAUCGUCUUAUCCCCUCCAAGAAAGUCUAGGAGAGUAAUGCCAGGGCGUGAUGUGUCUGAAGGCAAUUCUUUGCAAGGAGAUAAGUUAGAUGACAGUGUUAGUGUCAGACAGGCAGUCGGUGAUAAUACAGGAAAGAAUGAGCCGGCUCCAAUGUCACUAGAUUUUUCUCUUUUUGGAUUAAAACCUCCAAAUAGACCUACAAUUACGAGUGCUGACAGAUCACAUUUAAAAAGAAAAUUAGAUCUAGAAUUCUAGCAGGCAGAAUGAAUAUUCUGUGAUGGUUGCGUCAGUACAAGGGGUCUGAAGCAUUUGAGAAAACGCUGCAAAUCAGCUUCGCUUGUAUGUCAUUCCUUAUCUCUGACUCUCUGCAUGAAGCUACUAUGAUUAUGUAGAUGUUUAAAGGAAGAAGUAGCAGUGACAGAAGAUUAGCAUCUCACUUGAAUAGUAGAUCAGAGAGCCAAAAGUAACUAUCAUAGAUUAAAAAAUAAGUAACCAUAUUCUCCAGAUCCCUUUGUUUUCAAUUUUCGUUCUUCACAUUCAAGAAAACUUGUAUCUGUCCACGAUGAGUGAGGGCAUUUUCUUUAGUUCUCACUGUAUAUCUGAGGCUUGAAAAAGUUAUGAUUGGGGAGAAAACUGGAUUUUAACACUGAUUUGUUAUUGAACAUAAAGAGAAAUUAUUGUUUACACUUUAAGUGUAUAAUAUGUAUUUUUCAUGGGGAUUUCAAAUAGGUUAUGUACUGAGAAAAAUUAUUUUUGUAGACAUGUUUGAUUUUUGGCUGAUUUAUGUGUUUUCUG